GGCAAAGCGCAUCUUGACCGAAACGGCAUGCAACGUGGUUUCAUGUCCUAUAAUGGAUGGCCGUCCUGUCGUUCGAAUUUUUGUUCCUUUUGGCCAGCAAGCGCAAAGUGUGACUGGAUCGAGCGCCUCUUGCCGGCUUCAUAGCUGUGGACUUGACAUAUAUAUUCACAACUUAAAAGAGCAAGUGGAAGGGACGGUGAUCUUUUCCGAAGCAGAGUACGUUGUCCGUGUAUCUUGGCUGCAAGCAGAAAAUGAUAUCAUACAGUGUGCGCCACCUUUGUCACACCAUCCAGACAGUGCGAAGUUAAGUAGUAGUAGGCGCGGCUCGACUGUUCAGCCGGGGCCAUGUCAACCAUUUAUGACGCUGCUGGGUUGGGAUUUGGUGACCUGGCGCGGCCGCACCACUGCAGUGCCUCAGAAGGUGCUCGUGAGGGUCCCGGAUGCGAUUCCUGGCCGUGAGGGCCUGCAGCAAGGGUGUCACCAGCUGCAGGUGUUCCUGUACGACAGGACGUCAUGGCGGCGGGUCGCGGAGGCGGAGGGGGCUAUGGGCGCCUCGGCAUGUGCUGGUGCGCCGGAACGCCGCCUGGCCCCACCGCUGCCACUGCGGCUGGCCCUGCGCCCCAUUGGGAAUCCGGAGCUGCGACUGACCCAGGGUUUAACGCGAGGGCCGGGGUCAGUCGCUUGGAGCAAGCCGACGGACCCCGGGCCAGCUACCGCACACAGCUCUGCCUCAGCGGCACCGUCAGCCCCCUCGGCAGCAGGAGCAGGGGCACCCUCCGCGCCGGUGCCGUGUCAUGCUGGGGCUGCCGGCGCCGGCGCCGCUGCCGGUGGCGGGUGGUGGUGGUGGUGGUGGCAGCGAGUGGCAUUGCGGGCCGCGGAGGGCCUUACGGCGCACACCGCUACGGGCCGUCAUGUGCAGUACAUGGCCGCAUGCCUGGCCACCUUGAGACAACUGCUGUACGACAGCCACCGGGCACCCCCACCUCCACCCGCACCCGCACCUACAGCUUGUUCACCUGCACUUCCACAUUGGACCGACCGGACACCGCACUCCCAGCCUCAGCAGCACUCCCCCUCACAGCCACAGCCACAUCAUCGCCGCGGCCGCUGUGGCGGCGGUGCCGGCGGCGCCAUGCACCUAGCUCCUGUGAGCCGCGCAGCGCAGCAGGCAACCCACCCACGAGGUGCGCCGGAGUGCAGUGCGCUGCCUCCGCCUCCGCAACAGCGCCUGCACCCACAGCAAUCGCAUCAGCAGCGGCAGCAGACACGAGACUGCGGCCGGGCUGGUGCGGGUGCGGGUGCGGUGGUGGGCUGUGCGCUGCUGUCGCUGGUGUUGCAGCUGGUGUUGGGGCCGCUG